AUGGAAAAUAGUUCGCUUUCAUUUCACUUUAAUCUUACUAUGUUUGGACACAUUGGAGACUAUAGAUACCCAGUGUUUGCAUUUAGUUGUAUUCUGUAUACAUUUAUUGUAUCUGCUAAUGUCAUCAUCAUACUUGUAAUCUCCCUAGAGAGGUCCCUGCAUCAGCCCAUGUAUGUUUUAAUUGUGUGCCUUUCAGUCAACUCUCUGUAUGGAUCCACUGGUUUCUUCCCAAGGUUCCUUAGAGACCUUCUGUAUGAAACUUAUUUGAUGUCCCGUCUAGAGUGCUUCAGUCAGAUCUACGUCAUGUAUACGUAUGCAUCGUAUGAAUUCACAAUUCUCAGUAUGAUGGCAUAUGAUAGAUAUGUGGCUGUAUGUAAAUCGUUACAUUACCACAACACCAUGACCUCCAAAAUGGUAUACAAGCUGUCUCUCUUUGCACUGAUCUACCCAGCCUUUGCUGUUGGAACUGUUUUGAUUUUUUCUGGUAGACUCCCUUUGUGUGGUAGCAAAAUACCAAGAGUGUUCUGUGCUAACUGGUCUGUUGUGAAGCUGUCUUGUGUAGACACUUCUAUCAACCACCUGGUUGGCAUGUUAGUCGCUGCAAUGACUGUGUUUAUACCCCUGCUCUUUGUUUCAUAUACAUAUCUAGAGAUUUUGCUCAUUUGUAGGAAACGCUCUGCAGAGUUCAAAUGGAAAGUUUUCCAAAGCUGUCUGCCGCACAUUGUUACAUUUUUCAGCUAUACCAUUAGCAUCUUUUGUGAUAUUACUCUGAGCCGCUAUGAUAUAGAAGAGCUAUACCCAACCCUAUCUGUAAUUUUAUCCCUCGAGUUUGUUGUGAUUCCUCCAAUUCUAAACCCUCUCAUGUAUGGCCUGAAGCUUCCAGAAAUGAGAAGAGUGCUAUUAAAAUUGCUAUGCCGAAACAGGCAAGUGUAA